UGGCAGUGCCCAGUGCCCAUCAAAGUCCCCUCCCUCCCCAAUCUCGAGUCCAGCUAAUUUGCUUCUGUCCCAUUCCUUUCGCAGGAGCCAUGAGCUCAGAGGGCCCCAGCCCCUUCACCUUCCUCACAGCUCCUGCCACUCAGGUGAGCCCCUCCGAGGUGGUGUACCCUCUUCCCGUGCUCAUUGCCCUAGCCUGCAUCUUCCUCCUGCUGGCCACCUGCCUGCUCUUCAUGACCCUCUGCAAGCCCGCCGCGCUGGACCCCCGCCGCCGCCGGGCCCGUGAGUGCAUGCCCCACCACCCCGGGAGUCCCAGCGAACCCCAGCUUCGGCUCUGGAAGCGCCUGAGCUCGCUGCGUCGCUCCCUGUCCCUGCACAGCUUCCGCCGAGGCCGACCUGCCCCUCGGCGCCCCCUGCCGGCCCAGGGUGACAACCACGACUGCGACUGCACAGAAUCUACCAAGAUGUGAUGGGGGGAAUCCCCCUGCUCCAGGAUCCACCCGCAGGCCCUACUACCUAGGAAGGAACCUGGCGCCACCGGCUGCAGGACAGUGGCCCAAACAACAGGGGCCACACGCUGGCUCCCAGGGUGCCCAAGCCCAUGGCCUCUCCCUGCAGACUCUCUAGCUGCUGCCUGAUGGAAGACUGUUGGACCAACCACUAGGCACCUGCAGCCAUCAGAACCCUUGGCUCAGGGCUCUGAUGGUAGGAACCUGGGGCUCCCAGGGCCCCUCUCUAACAGCCAGGCUCCAACCAUCUCUAGGAAGAAGUGCUCUUGCUUCCCAACAGAAGCCCUACCUACCCUCCAGGUGCCAAAGCCCAGCUCAGAUUCCAGUGUGAGCUGUUAAAUGGCCAAAGAGUCCCUCCAGCCAAGUGAAAUACUCAAUCCUCACUGGCGGCAUGGGAAUGCCCUGCCCUCUGUGCCAACUUGGUGCCCAAGGCGAAAGGAAACCCAGGGACUCCUCUCCUCGGACUUCCUGGGCCCUGCCAGCACUCGCCUGCGAUCCACGGGAGCAGCCAGCACCCUUGUGGUGGAUCAGAGGCUGGGUGCCUGAUGGGAGGAGGGACAAGCGGGAGGCUCUCAAUACCAUUCAGCCAAUCACAGUCUUGGCUGUCACCUUGGCGUGCACCCUCCCCCAGUGCACCUGCACCAGGAUGGAUGUGGAGGGGCCAGGUAUGAGUUAAGAAGCUCUUGCAGGAGCUGGGAACAGUGCUGUAUCAGAGCAGGAGGAGGCUCUGUCAGCAGCUGGAGGUGAUGCUAUCUGGGCUCUAAAGACACAUCACAGUGGCUCUAUCCUCACCCAGGGAAGGAGGUGGCCUUCCUUCCAAUGGGGGAUGGUUCAGAUCUCUCCAGGACAGCUAUAGGCCCUGGACCACACAAGGUGUGCUCUCUGCAUUUUUGCAACUGCUUCAUUGACUGGCUACUGUUAAAGUGAUCCCCGGUGGGCCUCUCAGAAUCCCCAGAUGCCAACCUCUCCUCACAAGGCUGGGGCUAAACAUUCUGGUUGGGUCCCCAGUCUGGGGAGUGGGCAGAGGCAUCUGAGCUGCACAUAUCCUGCCCCAGCAAGUCAUUGGGCCAGGGUCGCUUUGGACCCCACCCCUGGGGGCUGUUUUACCCUACCCUGCUAUGACCAACAGUGUAGCGAGCCGAACUUCCUCAAAGCGUGAACUCCAUUUUUGCCACUUCUAAACCUUCACUGGCUCCCUAGUGCUGGAAUAAGCCAGAGCUUCUUGGUGUGGUGUUUGGUGUCCACUAGGAACUGACUGAGAACAACCCUUCUAGCUUCAUCUUGACCCAGCACACACUGAAAAACCUGUCCUCUCCUAGCUACGGCUUAUGCCUCACUUGGUAUCCCCUCCGGGAAGCCGUCUUUGCUCUCCAGCUGAAGCCACCUCCUGCCUGAAACCAAGGGAGGACGAGGCUCACUUCCUCUCAGCAGGGUGGGUCAUCCCUGCCUGUGCUCCCCCUUCCUAUGAGCUUGGAAGCUCCCAGAAAGCAGAACCGUCUAGCCCCUCACUCUGCCUCAUCUGCUCUGGGCACACAACUAGGGGGCCUGUCACUGAGGGAAGGGUGGCCCCGUCUAGUCCUUGGGGAGUCCCCUUCUUCCCUCAGACACCCCUCCAGAGAAGCUCUCUCGCCAAGCAGGCCUGUUGGACAGUCUGACGUCAAAGAGUGAGUCCAUCUGGACCAGAAACUUAUUUCCGGGGCCUUGGUGAAAUCGCCAGCGCCUGAAUUUCUCCCCGAGAGACAGAGAAUCGGGGCUGCCUAUAUUACUUAACGGGCUUUAGGAUUCUGGUCUGAGAACUGCUGUGUAAACAGAAACCAAUUUUUGGGGUUUAGAAAGCGGGGAAGGCCUCCUCCCGCAGUACCUUGUUCCCCUCUCCCUUCCAGCUUAGUAACUCGUCCUGGUUUGUCCCUCCCCAGGUCUCCCUGAGACCUUCCAUCCAGGCUGAAUUCUGCCUGUAGUCAGUCAGCCCGCCACCUGCUGGCCAGAGGGCUCUGCCUGGCACUUGGUGUCAUGGGGGGAGGGGCAGUAAGGCUGCC